AUGGGAGACGAAAUUGUCUUGGGAUAUUGAGCUAUCAGAGGUCUUGCUUAACCAUUGAGAUUCUAUUUAGAGUAUCUAGGAUUACCAUAUGAGGAAAAGAGGUAUUACAAACCUGAAGAAUGGUUUGCUGAUAUCACAUCUGCUCCACUCAAUUAGCAUGUUCUAGCGAACUUACCUUAUAUUAAGGAUGGAGAUGAAUUGGUUUUUGAAAGCCAAGCACUUUAUGUAUAUUUGGCUUAUCGAGCCAAUAAACCUGAGUUAUUGGGCCAAAACCCAAAGGAAUAGAGGUGUUCUACAAGACUUAUUCAAAAGUCUGAUUGCAUUAUUCACAAUUCCAGAAGACCAAUUUGAGGCAAAGAAGGAAAACUUCUUCAAUCAAGAAGUGCUUUGGAUAGCUGAGAAGCUUAGCAAAGUGUUGGAGAAUCGACAAUGGGCUGUAGGAGACAAUUUGACAUACAUUGAUUUUCAAUUGUUUGAAGCGGAGGAGAUUUUAAGAAAUUACAACCCAGAAGCUUUUACAACUCCUGUGGGAUUAAAGAAGCAUAAUGAAAACUUUGUAAAUUUACCCGCAAUUAAGAAAUAUCAAUCUUCAGAUAAAAUGAUAGCUCGUCCAUUCUAUCCCCCUGGAAUGUAUAGAUGGGGUUGA